UUAAACAUGACAGUCGAUGGACGUAAAUUAAGACAAACUAUGUAUCAAGAUUCAGAUAUAAAACAUGACUUUCCGUGCUUACCAUGUACUCAAGAAGGGCGGAAUGUGGCUGCCAUAAAAUACUGUGUGGAAUGUGACGAAAAUCUUUGUCAAAAAUGUGUGGGUGAUCAUAAUAAGUUUUCCGCAAUGAGAAGACAUCAGUUACUUGACACGGUUAAACAACCGAGCGGGAAAAGGCAAGAAUUACCAAGUCAAAAAUGUGGAAAACAUGGAGGAAAAUUGAUAGAUGUCUACUGUCCUAGUCAUGAUAAGGUUGGCUGCUCAACUUGUAUGACUGUUGAACACAGUGGCUGUAAAGACAUUACUUUCAUACCAGACUUAGCAUAUAAAAUGGACACCUCUCAUGUACUAAAUCUCCUCAAAAUCGAAAUUAACACACUAGAAUCUCGCUUCAUGGCGUUAAAACAAAAUAAAGUGACAGCACUUGAUAACAUGAGGGAAGAUAAAAGUCAAUUGAUUAAAGAAAUAAAGUCGGAAAGGAAGAAAAUUAACGACCGUUUGGAUAAAAUGGAAAUGGAUCUUAUUCAAGAAGUGGAUGCCACCUUUCAGAAAAACAUGCAACAAUUAGAAACAAACAUGAAAGAAGUUGAUGCGCAGAUUGUUAUACUUCAAGAAAGUCUACAGAGCAUAAAUGCUGCUAAACACGAAAACGAAUCAGAGAAAUUUGUACAAAUAAAGAGCGUCAAAGAGAAAUAUAAAAAUACAAGCGAUUGUUUAAAGGAAUUUGAAAAGUCAAGCAAAACUGGAACCUUACGGUUUGAUCCAUACCGGCAGGAAACUGAUUCAGAAUACAACAUUAUCGGAAGCAUACUUAAUCUUCCAGUUAUUGAAGUAGGGAAAUGUAGUGAAUUUAAUGUACAGAUAGCAGAUGACAAGAAGAAGAGCGAUAUAAUUGACAUGUGUAUGUGUGAAGACGGAUGUAUUGUAAUGACAGAUUACAACAAUAAGAGGAUUAAGAAAAUGAAUGAAUCAUUCCAGGUCGUAUCCUCGCUGAAUGUCGCCGACAACCCUGUCGGUAUUUGCCAAGUUGGGAGGACAUUGCUUGCCGUUACUCUGAUUAAUGAUAGAAAGGUUCAGUUUAUCUCCCAAAAAGAGAAUAUGUUACUGCAGUCAUUCAAAGUCGGUGAUAGAUGUCGGGGUAUUGCGUACAAUGACGGGAUGAUUUAUGUUUGCUGUGGCGGAUCAAAGACUUUUAAAGAAGGAGUUGGUCAUCUAGAGGUAUAUUCGGUUACUGGGAAAAUGGUAAAAUCAUACUAUGGUGAGAUAAAAUGUCCUUUACGUGUUGUAUUUCUACGCUCUUCAGACGAGAUGUUUGUGACUGACAGGUAUAAAGGUAUCCUUCUCAUUGACAAAACGCGAGGCAUGACAAAACUUAAUGUGGAUAUCAAAGUAUUCUCGGGUGCUGAAUGUAUUUGUAAGGUAAACAAGAGUCAGUUCUGCGUUGCCUUUUAUUUUUCACACAAUGUUCUUUUGAUGUCACAUGACGGAAAGGAUCGAGUAGAACUAUUGACAGGAAAGAAUGGUAUACAAAAUCCUAUGGAUAUAUGCUUCGAUGACAAAUCAUCGAGGCUUGUUGUCUCCUGUGAUAACAGAGAAAAAAUAAUGGUUUAUACCUUGAAAUAGUGGAUUGAUUUGUUAAUAAGGAAACGUUGUGAUAUUUGAGUGUUUGAGUGUUUUCGCGUUGAAAUUAGAUCAAAUUACCAUGAGGAAGAUAUGUGUCACUGACAAUAUUUUGUCUGGUAAAAAAAUGGAAUAUUUUAACAUUUUGCUGCAUAAAUAUAGUUAAUGAUUAAAUAAAUAUUUAUUUGAAUUAUCUGAUCGGUGAUUUUGCAGUCGUUUUAUAUGCUAUAUAUCUAAUUCUUUUUUGUCUUUAAUUUUGAAAUGUUCAGGCAAAUUAUUGGAUGAUUUCCAAUGAUUACGAGCAUAAAGACUACCAAUCGCAUCAUCUCGGUCCUUUUCCGCUAAAUUUCGGAUAAGUUAUCAAGAAUAAUAGCCGAGGUGGUCCGAAAAACAUUCUCUGUUUGCUCAUUUUUUAAUUGUUUCCUAUUUGUUUACUGGUACUUGUACAUUGCUGAAACAGUAUUUUCUGCAAAAAUAGAAUUGCUUUGUCCUUUACAAUAACGUUAUGUUAUCGUGGACAAACUUAGAACAUAUUGUUGAAAAGGAAUAUAUUAUGUACUAAUAAAGUUAUAUCUGUGAUUGAAAGGUUAUAUAUGUGAUUCUAAUAUAAUACAUGUAUUUAGCCAUUCAUAAAUAAAAAUGUAGAAAGAAAUACAAACCUUUAGAAAUUUAAAGAAGUUAAAUAAAUGCAAUUAACAAAAUUAAGAAAACUACCUGAUGCCAUAUUUUUAUUUGUGAAUACAUUUUUUAUUAUAAAACUAUAAUAAUGUAUAUUGUUUAAAGCUGUGUUUGUACAAUAAUUGCAUUGACAAAUAUUUUUGAGCUUGUUUCCAUAUUGGACUUUUUGUUGAUUUGAAAAGCCGACUGGUGCAUUUGAAUUUUGAGGAAAUUCUGAACAAAAGUUGGCGUACUAACCUAAAAGG